AUGAAUGCUAUCCGACGAAAGUUCUGCGAUGAUCGGGAGACGGCGGAGUCGAAUUUUCCGGAACUGGAGUUCGACGAGCUGCCGAUUGAGUUUGACAAACACCGCGACGUGAUGAUCGGCAAAGAACAAUCAUCGUUUCGGAAUAUAGCCAAUGGUCUGAAUGAUACAAAUAUAUGUCCUAUCCCAAAGACAACUAAGCCUAAUGAUAUGGCUCAAUUCAGACCCAUAAGCUUGUGUAAUGUCAGUUACAAGAUCGUCUCUAAGAGGAUUAAUACAGCUACUAGGCAAGAGAUUAAAGUUGCACUUGGAAUACAUAAUGAUGGUGGGAUGGGAAAGUACUUGGGAAUCCCAGAGGAUAUUAGUGGCUCCAAAUGCAAACUCUUUGCAUUUCUCAAGGAUAACCUGAUGCAUAGAGUAAAUGGAUGGACAGGUAGAUGGCUCUCAAAAGGGGGAAAGGAGUACUCCGAUUCACUGGUUGCCCGAGUCUUGAGAGGCAGAUAUUAUCGGAUGACCUCGCCAUUAAGAGCAAUCUCUGCAAGCAGUCCAUCAUAUGUGUGGACAAGCAUCUUCGCCGAAAGGAAGCUUUUACUUCUGGGGAUCAGACAGAAGAUUCAUUCUGGUUAUGAAGUCAAGGUGUGGGAGGAUCCGUGGAUUCCAACGACACCUGCUAGACCAGCUACACCUGUAGCGCCUGUGAUGCACCCGAAUAUGAGAGUUAGUGACUUCAUUAAUCAGGAAUCGAAGGAAUGGGUGGUAGGACUACUAGAGGAUUAUGUCCAUCCUGAUGACAUACCACUCAUUCGCAGUAUGGCCAUAAGCUCUACUCAUCACCGUGAUAUUUUCUGCUGGAACUACACGAGGAAUGACCAAUACACAAUUAAAUCUGGAUACUGGGUGGCAGUAACGAGGAAUCUAGUAAGGCGGAAUAUGAGGUGCGAUAAUUAUUGCCCAAGGUGUGGGGAAAUAGAAGAUUCUUUAACUCAUGCAAUAUUCGAAUGCCCUCCAGCUCUGCAAGUAUGGUCCUUAUCGGCAACUCCUACAAGCACAGGUACAUUUCUAGUGUCAAACGUCUACACAAACAUGAAUUAUCUAUUCUGGAGGAAGAAUAAUAUCCUAGAACCAGACCAAGACAGAGAUCCUUAUCCCUGA